GGAAUUACCCGCCCAUCUCUGGGGCCGCCAUCAAGUGUGUUAUUUCCGCUUCCGGUCAGCCUCGCUGUGGUCCCUGCGGCUGGCGGCCGUGUGUCUCCGCCAUAUUGUCUGUGUGAUCCCGGCGGGAGCGGCGGCCGCGGGGAGCGGGAACAGCAGUGAGACUCCUCCGUCAUCUACUCACAUUGGGCCUGUAAAAUCACUGUCCAUCUCUGGCCGCCAAGCAGACUGCCAUGUCGGGACCUGUGCCAAGCCGGGCCCGUGUCUACACGGAUGUGAACACACACAGACCCCGGGAGUAUUGGGAUUACGAGUCUCAUGUAGUAGAAUGGGGGAACCAGGAUGACUACCAGCUGGUUAGGAAACUUGGUAGGGGCAAGUACAGUGAAGUCUUUGAAGCCAUUAACAUCACCAAUAAUGAAAAAGUUGUUGUGAAAAUUCUGAAGCCUGUAAAGAAGAAGAAAAUUAAGCGUGAAAUCAAGAUACUGGAGAACUUAAGAGGUGGACCCAACAUCAUCACACUGGCUGAUAUAGUGAAAGAUCCUGUGUCCAGAACGCCGGCAUUGGUAUUUGAACAUGUCAAUAACACAGAUUUUAAGCAGUUAUAUCAGACUUUAACAGAUUAUGACAUUAGGUUCUACAUGUAUGAAAUAUUAAAGGCCCUGGACUAUUGCCACAGUAUGGGUAUAAUGCACAGAGACGUCAAGCCGCAUAAUGUCAUGAUUGACCAUGAGCACAGAAAGCUCCGACUAAUAGAUUGGGGCCUUGCAGAGUUCUAUCAUCCGGGGCAGGAAUACAAUGUGAGAGUCGCGUCCAGAUACUUCAAAGGACCCGAGCUGCUUGUUGAUUAUCAGAUGUAUGACUACAGUCUAGACAUGUGGAGCUUGGGGUGUAUGCUGGCCAGCAUGAUCUUUAGAAAGGAGCCUUUUUUCCAUGGCCAUGAUAACUAUGAUCAGUUGGUGAGGAUAGCCAAAGUACUAGGGACGGAAGAUCUUUAUGACUACAUUGACAAAUACAAUAUUGAACUGGAUCCACGCUUCAAUGAUAUCCUGGGCAGACAUUCCCGUAAGCGAUGGGAGCGCUUUGUGCACAGCGAGAAUCAGCACUUAGUUAGCCCUGAGGCUUUGGAUUUCCUGGAUAAGCUGCUGCGGUAUGACCACCAGACGCGUCUGACUGCUCGUGAAGCCAUGGACCACCCUUACUUCUACCCUAUUGUGAAGGACCAGUCUCGGAUGGGUUCCUCAAACAUGCCCAGCGGCAGCACCCCAGUCAGUAGCGCCAGUAUGAUGUCAGGUCAGUCCCAGCCCAAGUCCAGUAACCGUGAUAAGUCAGGGAUUUCCACGGUGCCAACUCCCUCAGCUUUGGGUUCUCUAGCCGGAUCACCAGUCAUCUCUGCAACCAACACCCUCGGGACGCCCGUAGCAGCCACUGCCGGAGCCCCCCAGUAGGGAAUCAUUGUCCUGGCGCCUUGUCAGGAGAGGGCAGCAGAUCUGGGAAGGAGACCCUGAUCCUUGGCCCCUUGUCCUGACUUCAACACCCACCAAAUGUGGAGGGUUGGGGCUGCCCAAAAGAGCAAGAGAAGCCCCCUGGACGCGCCGUGUCUGAGCAGUUGCUUGUGGAUUUAUAGUAGUUCCGUCAUUAUAUAUAAAAAAAAAAUAUUAUAGGCUGAAUAUUCUUUUUUUUUUUUUCUUUUUUUUUUUACCUUUUUUUUUUUUUGUUACGGCUCCUGGUCCACAGGUUGCCUUCAUGUCUCUGGGAUGUGGCUCCUGGACUGGCCCACCCUUGAUUUUCCUCAGCUGUUUCCUAAAUAGAUUUUUUUUUUUUAUAAAUAUAUAUAUUUUGUUUAAUCCCCCUCCAUCAUGACCCUUUGUGUGUGUUCCCCACCUGCAGAGAGGGGUGAGGGACCUCUUGUACCUGUCCCCUUCCUGGCUCUAUGACUGACUGAUGCCAGUUCUGUGGGUGAAUGAGACCACAACACUGGCCCUGCAUGGUCCUUCUGUUUAAAACUGCAAAUGGUGGCAAAAGCAAAUCCACUACUAGUUUUACUUGAUCCUGUGUUGCUUUACUGUCCUUGUAGGAGAAUUGGGGUAAAUCUCAAAGAAAUUCUAAUUUAGACCUUGGAGUCUUUCCAGAUACCAUUCCCUUUCCUAUAUACAGCUGCAAAAAAAGAGGCAGGAGCCGGGCCAGUUUCAGGUGGAUUAUAAAGCCAUCAGGUGGCGUACACAACAAUGUAUACUAAUUUUCAUAGUACCCUGUUAAUGCAUGCUUGGAAAGGAGACUUCACCCCCCCCCCCCCCCCCCACACACAUUUUCCGGCUCGUCCUGCAUUCUUUCCAAAGAAAAGCUGUCCACAGAAUUGGGAAUGUUCCCUGGAGAGAUACUGUUACCUGCAGGCACCAUUAAAUUAUUUCUCCCAUAGGCCUGGAUGUUGUCCUGCAAACAGUGUCCUUUACCCCCUCCCUGCACCCCAAGAUAAAGUAGGAGCUUGUCCUGUUGACCUCACUCCUCACCUACUUUCCAGCAGGUACCCUAGCCUUUCACUUUAGUCCAACUACACCCAAGUUGUUUGAGGGACACGCCCUCCCCUGAUAAUUUACGUCAUUCCCUUAAUCUACUUUGGGGACCUGUCUUUCGGGACACCCUCUCUUUUCUCCCUUGUUACCCCAGCAGAAAUCUGUUGACCGUUUAAUUUUUUUCUCCUCCUUUGCACCCAUCCCAUUUCCGUGUCCAGCAAGAGAUGUCCCAGUGACACAGACAAUGCUUUUUCCUUCACAUGUGACAGAUCUAAUGUUGGAACUAUUUGGUGUAAAUAAACAUGGUUUUAUUUAUC